GCGAGCUAGUUUAAGUCACAUGUGUCGUGUAGAAUGUCACAGACAUCGUUCACGGUAUUUCGAGUGCGUACAAAAUCGGAUUCCUCGCAAAGCAUGGGUUAGGAUUUUUGCGUUGUCGAUAAGGCCAAGUGCACUAUGCGACUGACGAAAACAUUUUUUGGCAAAUCAAUCGAAAUUGUGUUUGUUUACAUGUUCUGGUUUUGUGCCAAUGUUGUCACAUGUUGGAAUAAUGACGAAUUCCAGAGGAACUUGCCUCCUGCAAAAGUGGUGUGGGCAGUUCUAGGAAAGGACGUUGAUUUACCAUGCGAUGUAACUCCUCCAUAUGACACCGACAACGUUACAACGAUGUUUUGGUUUAAAGAUUCGCACGGAAUGCCAGUAUACAGCUUAGAUGCCCGGAACGUCCCUCUCACUCAGGCCCCUCAGCUGGCAAUGAGUGAUGACCUCGGCAGACGCUGUUACGUAUACUUCGUUGGGGAUGAGAGACCCACCAAAGCCAACCUUCGAAUACAUAACGUAACCAUACACGACAAGGGCGUCUUCAGAUGCAGAGUGGACUUUGACAACUCGCCCACCAGAAACUUCCGGUUCAACCUGACAUUAGUAGAGCAGCCGUCAUUUCCCAGAAUUUUUAAUGCUGAAGGAUAUGAACUAAAGGAAAACAGCAAGGCAGGUCCGUUUCUGGAAGGUUAUGAACUAUUUCUUUCAUGUCAAGUUGUAGGAGGUCGUCCACGUCCUUCGUUGACAUGGUGGUACAACAACAUGAUCCUUGAUAGCGUAGUGGACUCAAGUAAAGAUUCCAUUACAACCGUAAACCAGCUGAAGAUUCAGCGCGUUCCUAGAGAUUACAAGAAAGCUAAUUUUGAAUGUAGAGCAUCCUCGCAUUCCAGUGCUGGAGUGAUAGUGCGACAAGUGCCAAUUGUAGUAUUUUUGAAGCCGAACAAGGUUAAAAUUGUCACCCCAAACCAACUGAUGUCGAUACAUAAAUCCCAGAAUGUAAAGUGCGAGACUUCCGGUUCUUACCCUCCUGCGAAACUGACAUGGCUACUCGACGGAAAACCUAUUAGGAACGCCGUUGUUACGGAGGAAGAAACCGAUUCCUUUACAGGCAGCAUCAUUUCGUUAAAGGUGGUGGCAGAAAACGACGGUAAGGAUCUAGUAUGCCGAGCAAACAAUCCUCGUUUCCCUGGGGGAUCUCUUGAAGACAGGAGACAGAUAGAUGUUGCAUAUCCCCCCAAGGUGGCAGUGAAGCUGGACCCAGGGGUAAAUUUACCCGCUAAGGAGGGAGCAGACGUUACCCUUCGUUGUGAUUCUUCGGCACGUCCUAGUCCCGACAGCUAUAGGUGGUAUCACGACGGACAUCUCGUUACGUUUAAUGAAAGCGGGGGAAUUCUGCCCGUCGACCACAUCUUAACUCUGAAGUCCGUAAAGAAGAAAUUUCAGGGUCAAUACGCAUGUUCUUCUGCCAACAGCGAAGGUGAAAGCUACAGCUCCCCCUUCGAGUUAAUCAUACAGUACGCUCCCCGCUGCAGAGAGGGUUAUAAAGUUAUGAGGGUCGGUGCGGUCCCGUACGAGACACUUGUCGUCCAGUGUCACGUGGACGCUGUUCCAGGAGAUGUUCGCUUUUCCUGGACUUACAAUACGAGCAAGGGUGUCCUUCCCGUCCUGGGGGCGAAAAUGCUAAACAAUGGGGGCGUGUCAACCUUGCAUUUUACCCCAACGGACGACCUGGAAUCACUGUCCUGUUGGGCCACUAAUGAUGUAGGCAAGCAAGAACAGCCCUGCGUAUUUGAAAUUGUACCUGCAGAAGCCCCGGAGUCUCCGAAGCAUUGCAUCCUCCGUAACGCGUCACAUGGCGGCCUGGAGGUGGUGUGCGUGGCGGGCGACGACGGAGGCCUACACCAAAGUUUUGUAAUGGAAGUUAACGACAUUACCAUACCGUCCCUGCCGCCAGGUGUGACAACCCUCAGCGACCAAGGAGAGCACUUCGUGCCUUUGUUCCGGAUCCUGAGGGAGCAGCCGAUGUUCCGUUUGCAGAAUCUCCAACCGGGACGACAGUACCAAAUCAUGGUAUAUGCUGAAAAUGCCAAGGGCCGCAGUCAGCCUCCGGUGCUCCUGCCGAGUGUCAAAGUCGAAGGUGAAGUCUCGGCUGAUACACUCCACGAGACCGACACAACAACAAGACCGGGGUCUGAAGGAUAUCCCUCGUCUAGGCAUCAGAAUUUAACCGUAAUAUUAGUGGCAUUGACCGCAGCUGCAGUGCUUCUCAUCGUGGGGAUCGUGGCGGCGGCCUGUGUUAUAGCCUGUAGGAAGACUCCUGUGGUCGUCCGAAGUCAGACAACUGCGAGGAAGUCUUCCGACGACUUGGAACUUUCGGAAGCUGGAUUCAGCGAAGGCUUCCAUAGACGAAGCGCACAGUAUAGGGCGAGCAUGUACGCUUUACAAGAGACUGAGGACAGGAUAUCAAGGCUUAUCGAAGAAGCGAAUUCGAGACGUUCGGGAUCAAGUUGAGGCUAAAUUUUCUAAACAUGUUGGAAAUCUGAUGAGGCCCGAUUUAAUCCUCGCUCCUGUCAGUUUUUCUCCACAGGACUCUGAAUUUUGAAGAUCCACGUUACAUCGACUUGGCAACCUACUGACUCAUUCCAAAGCCAAGGAUUGUAAAUAUUUGUAAAAAAAUAUUUUAUAGGGUUAAACUAGAACUGAAAAAUUUGUAUUGUAGUCAUUUUUCCAUAACUGUUUUUUUCCACCCCUCAGUACAAUGUUUUCUAGUUUUUUUUUAUCUGUCAACAAUCAGUAUUAGAAAUAUUAUAAUAGGACUGUCUUUAGUUUUCGAAUAUAAGCAACAAUGUGUGUUGAACUGCCUUGCUUUACCUAUUUACUUAUGUUCUUGUUUAGGUUAACGGGAACUGAGUUUUGUAUGAAUCCCAAGACUACAAUUGGAAGGAUAUGAACUUUGAACCCGCCGGCUAUUUCUGACAUAUUCCAACUAAUACUUUGAAAUGAAAUUUAUUGUGUAAUAUUUUGUGACAAAGUUAAAUGUACUCAUUACACUACAUACUUAAAUGUAGUGCAUCUGUAAUGUAUUAACUGGCUUAAACUUAUCCAUAUUUGUGUAUGCGGAGAGUCGAUUUUUUAUUUUCUGACUGUUUUGUUAGCUGCUUGGUACAAUAUAGAUACAGGUGCAUACAAAUGUUUGCGCAAAAUAAAUGUUUUAAGAAAAAUUUGAAACCCCCGAAAAAAUGGAAACAAAAAUAUGUUACUUCUUAUUAAUUUUCAAAAUGUUCUACAUCCAAAACAUUUUUCAAUUUAUUAGUUUCUGACUGACGACAGUUCAUCUAAAUACUUACAAAUAAACAAUGUAACUGUUAUAUUAAUUUCCUAGAAUCUAGAGGUUAAGCAUUUGCCGAUUGUUUUAUAUUAAUUUAAUGUAGUAAUGCUAAGCAAAAUAUAAAAGUAUUCCGUUUACAGAAACCCUUAGACAUGCUUGUUUGCUUUUGUAAUAGUAAAUUCGCCUCGUAAUUUCGGUUUUUAAAAGCACACAAGAAUUGUAGGGGUAAUUCUGUUUUAUAAAUCCUAAAGAUGUUCUGCCGUUGGACUUCACUGACUUUUUGAUAUUUUUUCUACCAUUAUUUUAGGCUUGUAAGUUGUAUAUAAUGUAGUUUUACAUUAAAUUUAGUUGUCAUAUUUGAUCUCCCCGACAAUAUCAUUAUUUUAAUAAACUAAGAGAUCAAUUUUUUAUU